CUCACAUCCGCACAUCCUGUUCGCGAAUCUUUGCGGCAGUCUUUUUGUCGGGAAACACAUCUACCAGUAAAAUGGACGAGAAACAAGCUCUCCCACCUGCAAACAAUGAGGCUACGGAAGGAUACCCAGGAACCGGCAACCCAGGCUUUGCAGGGGACGCAAUCGGAUAUCCUUCCAGCUACCCACCCCAGCAGGGAUACGGUGAGGGGUACGCUGCACAACCGGGGUAUCAGCCAACACAGCAAGACAACAAGUCUAACCAGUCUACAGUCAUCGUGAUAACCAGGGGCCUACGUUCAUAUAGUAAGAAGUUUGAAGACCACAUGUGCUUGGCUAUCUUCACCACAAUUUUCUGCUUCUGGCCGAUUGGCCUUUUGGCCAUCUUCAGGGCUUGUGAGGCCCGGAAAGCCCUAGCAGCACGGUACUAUCAAUCAGCUCAGACCCUAAGCGAGCAGUCUCGCCUCUUAUCCCUAAUUGGCAUCGGCGUUGGAUGCGUCGCAAUCGUCAUUACUAUUAUCGUCGUUGUUGUCUUGGCCGUCAACAGAGUUAAUGACUACCUGAGCCAUUUCUACCACGAGGUGAAGUGGACAGUCGCCUAGGGCGCAGAAAUGUCUUGCUGCUUUGUUUGUUUGGGGGUUUUAUGUGUUUAAGUGAUAAAUAAUG